AUGGGAGAGUUGGAGCGGAGUGAGGAGGAAAGCAAGCAGAGCAGAAAGAAGCAGCAGAGGAGAUUGGCAGAGGGGAGUGGCUUCCUGACAGUUCACCAGAACAUUUUCAGGAAGGGCGAAUCUAUGGGAGCAUCUGAGUCUCAGAAAUAUACUUGCAAGACCUACGGCAGCGGAGUCAUCCAGGCUUUCACAGGUUCUGCUUUCUAUGUGCGCUCCAACUGCCCGUUCACCUUCGCCCGCUUCACCCACAAUCGGGUUGAGUGUGACAUCACCAUACGGCGAGGGCAAAAUGGUUUGCUGACCCUUAUUGAGAUUAUCAUCAACAAGGUCAAGACCGUGGUGCAGAAUGGAACCGUACUGGUAGAGAAGAAAAGGGUUUCCCUUCCAUAUGACCACACUUACCAGCACAUAUAUCCGUACGGCAUCUACACCAGACUGAGGAGCUCACUACUCCCUCUAUCAGUCACCUGGCACACAGUAGCUGGAGGACUUGACAGUUUUUGGGUUGAACUAGACCAAGAGCUGAGCUCUGACUUGAGUGGACUCUGUGCAAUACAAAACUCAGGACAUAAGAUCCUUAAACUCCCAAACUUGAAAGAACUCCUCUCUGACGAGAAGAGGUGCAUCCAACAAUGGACAAUACACAGUAGUCCAAUAAUGAAACACCACUCAGACUCAGAGCAAGGGUCCAUUCCUCCCAUAAUUCCUUGUCAUGCCCCCACACGGUCGCUGAAGACCCCCACAACAAUGACGGAGUCCCCCAGAGGAGCAGUGUCCAGCAACCCCACUAGGGACAUUAAGAAGGCCAGAUCGUGCACCCACUGUGGGAUGGCCAUUCAUCACUGGUUUGGGCUUGGCCCUAUGAUAAGGAUCUCCCCAACAAAUCCCAACCCAAGGCCGAGCUCUAGGCUGUGCAGAGACUUCUUCUCACACACGCUUGAAUGUCGGACUUUCCAAACAUCGGAAUAUAUCACCCUCUGUGACGAGAACAUUUACACCUUCGAAGGUAGCAGCGACAUUGCAUGUGCUUUCUUCAAAGAGAUUGUACUACUGUGUGGAAAAAGAACCCAUAUUUGGGCCACCUGGAGAACCUUAACCAACUGUGCUCCACCAACUUGUCCUGGAGACCUGGUUUACAUUGAUGAGGGUUCUCCCUUUGUGCCCAGCUGCUCAAACCCAGACUCCAGAUUCACCUCCCUGGAGACCACCAGCUCCUGUGUCUGUCCUGCAGAUGAGGUGCUAAAUAAUCACAUUGAUGAAUACAAGUGUCUUGGUGUCCACAACUGCCCCUGUGUGUUCGCUGAUCAGAUCUACUCUCCUGGAGACAUUCGCACCACAAGAUGUCAAAUAUGUCAGUGUGAUAGUGGGAGGUGGCGUUGCUCUGAAAACUCCUGCCCAUCCAGAUGUCUCAUUGAAGGACAGUUUGUGACAACAUAUGACGGCAAACAGUAUGCGGUUCCUGGUAAAUGCACAUAUAUGGCAUCGCAGGACUUUAACUGGUAUAUUGAGAUUGAGUUUUCUAAAACUGAACCAUCAUUGAAGGCAGUACGUGUACAGAUUAUACAGGAAAUGUUUACAUUCACAGUAGGCAAGGUCACAGUUGGAGACCAAGAGAUUACUGAGCUCUACCAAUCCGAUCUAGCACUGGUUUUCUGGCAGUCAUCAAUGUAUGUUGAGGUUUAUACAACUGUUGGUGUAGCGCUUGAAGUCCAGGUGUUCCCUGACCUCCAGUUGUCAAUCACACCCACAGAGACUACUGGACAGAUCUCAGGUCUUUGUGGAAACAGGAACAAUGACACCACAGAUGACUUCACUACGAGCAGCGGGAUCAUCGAGAGCUCUGCCAAGCUAUUUGCUCUAUCCUGGAGUUUAGGAUAUUGUCAAGUGGAUAUCCCCGACCCUUGUAUCAAUACUGACAAUGAAAUAUUUGCAGAUGAGAAGUGCUCGCUAUUGUAUGAUCCAAAUGGGAUAUUUUCCAAGUGCCAUGAUCACAUCCCAACUGACCAGUACCAUGCCGCUUGCAUCCAGAGAACUUGUAACUGUGGCAACAAUCUGCAGCAGUGUUUGUGUGCUUCUCUGGGAAGUUAUGCUAAAGCCUGCGUCUUUCUGGGUGUAGAGCUUGGUGACUGGAGGAGAGCCACCAACUGCACUCUGACAUGUCCAAAGAACCAGGAGUUCUCCUACAACGUUCGGGCCUGUAAUCAUACGUGCCGCUCCCUGUCCGGGUAUGAUCCUCGCUGUGAGCGGGACAGCCCUCCAACAGAGGGCUGUGGCUGUCCAGAGGGAACCCAUCUGGACCAGGACGGUACCUGCACCCCAAAGGUGAAAUGCGACUGUUACCACAAUAGGGGUGUUACACCACCAGGACCUGUAGUUCUUGAUGGGCGACAAUGUCUUUGCGAGGACGGAAAACUCCAGUGCAAGGAUUGUGAUUGCAGAAACGGGAAGGUCUGUGUUCACUGCUCAGAGUUUGUACAGAACACAGCCAAGAAAACCUGCAGCAGUCUCAGUAAACCUUUGGGUGCCAAUGUGAGCUGUGAGAGUGGCUGUUACUGCCCCCUGGACCAAUAUGAGGAUCACUAUGGGAGAUGCGUUCCCAAAAAUAAUUGCACCUGUUUGUACAGUGGCAGAGUGUUCAGCGCCGGAGAGUUUGUCAAAACCAACUGUAAAACAUGUACCUGUAACCAGGGCCAGUGGAGCUGCAAAGAUGAGGAGGCUUGCUCAGGGAAGUGUCAGGUUUAUGGAAAUGGACAUUACCAGACUUUUGAUUCUAAAUGGUAUCGCUUUGAUGGACACUGUCAGUACACACUGGUAGAGGAUUACUGUGGAUAUCAAGAUGGUUCCUUCUCUGUUAGAGUGGAAAGUGUGCCCUGCUGUGAUGAAGCCCUCACCUGUUCUCGUACAAUUAUUCUGAAUCUGGAGAAUAAAGUCACUCUGACACUGAGUGAUAUGAAAGUGACCAGACACCUCCAAAGUGGUUUGACUUUGGAGCAAGAGCCCCUUUACAAGACACACACUGUGGGACUGUAUAUAGUAAUAUCUGUGCCAAGCAAAGGUCUAACUCUCAUUUGGGACAAGCACACAAGGAUCACCAUAGAACUCCAUCCUGACUGGCGGAACAAAGUCUGCGGUCUCUGUGGCAACUUCGACUCCAGUGAGAUGAACGACCUUCAGCUAAUUGGCUCAGCUGUGGUGAGCAGUCCACUAGCUUUUGGAAACAGUUGGAAGACCAACACUCCUCCUUGCUCUGAUGUGACCACUGAGAUAUUUCCGUGUGAACGUAACUCCUAUUGUUCUGCAUGGGCCCAGCGGCGCUGUAUGAUCAUUAAAGGAGACACAUUCAGAGACUGUCAUUUAAAGGUGGACCCAGAGCCCUACUACCAAGCCUGUGUGCAGGAGUCUUGUUCCUGUGAGUUUGAAGGAAAGUUCUUGGGUUUCUGCACGGCAGUGGCUGCCUAUGCAGAGGCCUGUGGUGAUCUGGAUGUUUGCAUUAAAUGGAGGACACCUGAUUUGUGUCCCGUUUACUGUGACUACUACAACGAGCAAGGCCAGUGUAGGUGGCACUAUGAAGCCUGUGGAAGGAUGCUGACCUGUGGAACUCCCAACUAUUUGCAUCACAAGUUGGAAGGCUGUUACCCAAGAUGCCCUAAAGAGUCUCCAUACUUUGAUGAAAAUACUGGCAGAUGCACUGAUAUCAGGAAUUGUUCCUGUUAUUUCAAUGAAACAAUUGUCCCAGCAGGAGAAGAAGUUGUUAUAGACUUAGUUUUGUGCUCCUACAACAACUACAGCUACACCAACAACAACUGCCACAGCAACUACAACUUCUUUAACCACAAAACCGGGGACUACGUUUUCUACAACUCCUACUACAACCACUCCAACCUCAACGCUGGAGACUACUGUUGCCACACCAGCAACUACAACUUCUUUAACCACAAAACAGGGGACUACGUUUUCUACGACUCCUACUACAACAACUCCAACCUCAACGUUGGAGACUGCUGUUUUUACACCAGAAGCUACAACUUCUUUAACUACAAAACAGGAGACUACGUUUUCUACAACUCCUACUACAACCUCUCCAACCACAAUGCUGGGGACUACUGUUUCUACACCAGCAACUACAACUUCUUUAACCACAAAAGAGAAGACUACGGUUUCUACAACUCCCACUUCAACCUCUCCAACCUCAACGCCAGAGACUACUGUUGCCACACGAGCAACUACAACUUCUUUCAUUCCAAAACCUGGGACUACGUUUUCUACAACUCCUACUACAACCACUCCAACCUCAACGCUGGAGACUACUGUUUCUACACCAGCAACUACAACUUCUUUAACCACAAAACUGGGGACUACAUUUUCUACAACCCUUACUACAACCACUCCAACCUCAAUGGUGGAGACUACUGUUUCUACACCAGCAACUACACCUUCUUUAACCACAAAACCCGGGACUACGUUUUCUACAACUCCUACUACAACCACUCCAACCUCAACGCUGGAGACCACUGUUUCUACACCAGCUGUUUCUGCAGCGACCUUAAACUGAAAAAAACCUGGGCUUGUGGGGACUCUUGGACAGAGGACUGUUUUGUCAAGACCUGUGUGGAUCAGAAAAUAGAGCUGAUCCCAGUGCCUUGUAACAAGUCUGUUACACCUGCAUGUCCCAGGGGUGAUGUAGUAAAGAUCCUUGAUGGAUGCUGUGAAACAUGGGGAUGUGACUGUCGCUGUGAACUCUAUGGAGACCCUCACUACACCUCUUUUAGUGGUGCAACCUUUGAUUUUCUGCAAAACUGCACCUACAUUCUGGUGGAAGAGCAGUCACCCAAGCACCACCUGACCAUUUUGGUGGACAACUUCUACUGCGUACCAGGACUCCAAGGCUCUUGUGUUAAGGACGUCAUUGUGAAAUAUCAGAACAACACGGCUGAGCUCAGCGUAGACUAUGAUGCUGUUGGUAUUCAGGCCACUCUGAAUGAUGAGAUGGUUCAGCCACCAUUUGAGGCAGAGGGGAUAAGGUUUGAAACCACAGACUAUGAAGUAUUAAUCGUCCUUCCUGACAUCCGCUCUUUUGUCUCCCUCUCUCCAUCUUUUAACCUGGUGGUCAACCUUGCCAUGGAAAACUUUGUCAACAAUACUCAGGGUCAAUGUGGUGUGUGUGGUGGUGCAUCAUGCAUCCGUAGAGGAGGCAAGAUUGAGGACGACACCUGCUGUGACAAGACAGCCUAUGACUGGGUUUACUAUGACCCUUUGAAGCCGGAGUGUUCUUCUGCACCAGUAGAUGUACCGUGUGUCCCCGAUGUUCCCCCGGAACCCCCUGGACCCCCACCUACCUGUGUAUCAAACCCAUUAUGCCAACUGCUUGAACACCCGGUGUUUGCUAACUGCAGCAAAUAUGUGAAUAUGGCUAUCACAAAGAAGAACUGUCAGUUUGAUUCAUGUUUAAACCCAAAUGCUUCCUGCUCUUCUUUGGAACAAGCAGCUAGGGAAUGUAAACAUGUUGGUUUCUGUGUUGAAUGGAGAGAACUGACUAAUGGAAUUUGUGAUGUGGAAUGUCCCAAAGGAUUGAUUUAUAAGGAAUGCCAAGAUAAAAAAGAUGACUUCUGUUUUGGAGGAGUCAUUAAUUGGGGAAAAUCUGUGGACCCGCCCAUUUCCGGAUGUUUCUGCCCUCCAGGACUUUUUAGGGCAGGAAGCCACUCAAAUGUUUGUGUGAAGCAAUGUCCUUAUUGUAAAGGACCGCUCGGAGAGCCUAAGUUUGCUGGAGAGGUGUGGGAAUCUAAUUGCCACAUCUGUACAUGUAAUAAUCAGACCUUCACUGAGCAGUGUGUUCGAAAGCCUGUUUUAGAAACACCAGUCUGUUCCCCAAAUGAAACCUUGGUGAACACCACUUGUUGUGGUGAUCAGAUUUGUGUUGAGAAGACUUGCAACUAUAAUGGAACCACAUACAGUUUGGGAGAUACAUGGAAGGACAUGAGUGACCCCUGCCUGUCCUUUGUCUGCACUGGGAAAGGAAUCAAGAGUGAAACAAGAGCAUGUCCUACAGAGGACUGUCCUGAGGGUAACAGGAUUUGGAACAACCAAAGUUGCUGUUUCACCUGUAAAUCGGAUAACCAGACCUGUGUGUCCAAGCUUUCCAAAAUAAACGCCACUAUUGAUGAGUGCUCCACCGUUAUCGAAGUACCGAUAUGUGAGGGUUACUGUCUUUCCAAGCCCUGGAUAUUGUUGGACGAUUACCUGCAGGUGGAGCAGGAGUACAGCUGCUGCCAGGAGCAGAGCUCAGAGUUCAGAGAGCUGGAGGUGGAAUGCUCUGAUCUCACUACCAGGAAAUAUACCUACAAGCAUGUGACUAGCUGUCUCUAA